AUGGCGACGCCCACUGGCAAUGAUGCCAACCUCACGGGCAAGAGACUCAAUGUCCUGGUCUAUUCCGGUUCGCUCACUUAUUCUGCCUGGCAACUCAGCCGAUUUCUGACCGACAAUGGCCCGACAGGAACCGGAACGACCGUCGACUCCGUCCGACACUGCCUCUACACCUUGCGCCGCCUGCUAGCUCCUAACUAUGCAGUUAUCCCCGUCACGGGCGACAUGCUCCUGAAAGAGCCAUGGACAGCGACUUGUGCCCUGUUGGUGAUACCUGGUGGAGCUGAUCUGGGGUACGGACGCACGCUCAAUGGCGAGGGAAAUCGGCGCAUUGCUCAGUUUGUGCGCCGCGGUGGAAAGUACCUCGGUCUGUGUGCAGGCGGCUACUAUGGGUGCAAGAGGUGCGAGUUCGAAGUCGGGGAUAAGACCAUGGAGGUCAUUGGAGACCGCGAGUUGGGUUUCUUCCCGGGAACUUGUCGAGGUGGUGCUUUCCCUGGUUUCGUCUAUCAUAGCGAGGCUGGUGCAAGGGCGGCUGGCCUAGAUGUUCCCAAGGAGGCUUUGAGUAUCGGUACUGUGCCUACACAUUUCCGGUCUUACUACAAUGGUGGUGGUGUCUUUGUAGAUGCUCCGCUGUUCAAGGACAAGGGUGUGGAGGUGUUGGCAAGCUACUCUGAGAAGCUCAAUGUGGACCCAGGCGAGGGCGCUGCUGCCGUUGUCUACUGUAAAGUCGGAGAUGGAGCGGCCAUCCUGACGGGCCCGCAUCCUGAAUUUGCGGCUGUAAACCUAGACCCCAAGGCAAACGGCCCUGAGUAUAAAGAGGUCGUCGAAGCACUGACCGCCGAUGACAAGGAACGUACAGACUUCUUCAAGGCAUGCCUUGCCAAAUUAGGACUUCAAGUCGCGCAAGAUUCUACAACUGUGCCCUCGCUGUCGUCUUUGCAUGUCUCUGGUCUUGAUGCUGAGGGACCGCUGGAGAUUCUCUCUUUGCUUGCUCCAGCAUUGACCGAUGAGAACGGCAAGGAAUAUCUGAAGGAUGAAAACGAUACUUUCCGGAUUGAGCGACCAGGAACAUGGAACUUGAAUGACCUGGAGAGUGCUCUCCCAGAUGAAUCUUCACAACCUAGCGAAGGCAUUAUUGACUAUAAGGAAAUUAUCAAGCGCCUCGUGAUUCACGAUGAUAUACCUUCCUCUAAGCUGACGCCCUAUUUCAAUCACCACGCAUUCUACGCCAACCUUCGUCAAUAUCAGUCUGAAUCGAAGGAGGGCGCUUCGGAGUUUGGAUCGAACCUGAUGUAUGGCGAGGUCAUUACAAGUACCAACACAAUCAUGGAAAAGAACACACAACUGCUUCGGCGUCUACCCCAUGGGUUUACUGCUACGGCAACCGUCCAGGUUGCCGGACGCGGACGAGGCUCUAAUGUCUGGAUCUCACCAGCCGGGUCAUUGAUCUUUUCGACGGUUGUACGACACCCUAUUGAAAAGAUCCAAUCUGCCCCUGUGGUAUUCAUUCAGUAUCUUUCUGCUAUGGCUGUGGUAAAGGGUAUCAAGAGCUACGCCAAGGGAUACGAGAAUCUUCCGGUCAAAAUGAAAUGGCCGAAUGAUAUUUAUGCUCUCGACCCGGAAGACCCAGAGCAGAAGCGAUACACCAAGAUCUGUGGUAUCCUCAUCAACUCCCACUUCAUGUCAAACGAAUACAUCUCCGUCGUCGGAAUCGGCGUCAACGCCACGAACGCCUCCCCUACUACAGCUCUUACUGCCCUCGCCGCACGUUAUGCCUCUCCCGGUGCAGCAAAAGCUUCCCCUAUCACACUAGAAAAGCUUCUAGCACGGGUACUCACCACAUUCGAAGAUCUGUAUACGCGGUUCCUUCGCACUGGCUUUGAUCGUGGCUUUGAAGCAAUGUAUUACGAAGACUGGCUGCACAUGCACCAGAUUGUCACUCUGGAAGAAGAGGGUGGUGCUCGUGCACGAAUCCAGGGUAUCACGCGUGACUAUGGUCUUCUGCUUGCGGAGGAACUUGGUUGGAAUGAUCGACCCACUGCUCGGGUGUGGCAGUUGCAGAGUGAUAGCAACAGCUUUGAUUUCUUCCGCGGGUUGUUGAAGCGGAAGGUAUAG